UUUUAAGGUUGUAUUCAUAAAAAUAACAUUUUAAAUUUUGGGGAAAAUCUAAGCUUGACUUGGCCGUGAGAGCUUCACCGGAAAAAUGGCGUCUUGGAAGCAGCUCCUCCAGGCCGCCAUGGAUUCCCACGCCCAUCUCAAGCACUCCUCCUUCAUACAACUCGCCACUCUGGGAACCAAUGGAAGGCCCGCAAACCGCACCGUCGUCUUCAGAGGGUUUCUGGAUGGUAGUGAUCGGAUCCGGAUUCAUACGGAUUCUCGGAGCUGCAAGAUUGAAGAAAUUAAGCAUUGCCCUUUUGGAGAGAUAUGUUGGUAUUUCACUGAGUCGUGGGAGCAGUUCCGGAUAAAUGGAAAGAUUGAAAUCAUUGAUAAAUCUACUACAGAUGCAAUCAAGGUUGAGCAACGAAAGAAAUCUUGGCAAACAAUUUCUGGAAAGUCUAGAUUCCAGUACUUGGCGCCUGCCCCUCGCAGUCCAUAUAAAGAAGAACCUGGCAUAGAUUAUGAACUUGAUCCAUCUGCCGGCCCACUUGAUGCAUUCUCUCUUCUAAUCCUAGAGCCAGACCAGGUUGAUUACAUUAACUUGAAAAGCGACGAAAGGUGGAUAUUCACAUUGAGGAUGAGCGACACUGAUAAAAUUUGGAUGCCUGAGAGAGUGAACCCCUAAAAACUUCGAUGCAGAUGAUAUCCUGUGUUAAUUCUCAACAUUGGAUAUGUAAGCAAGUCUGUUUUCAAUUCUCAUGUUUUUGUUCCGAGUCUGUGACUAUCAUGUUAUAGCGCAAGAUACAGGCAAGACAAACCAUUACGGCUCUACCAAACUAUGUAUUUCGUUUAUUAUUAUCAAUGCAAAGAUAUUUGUAUGUA